UAUUUGAUUCGGCUGCUGGCGCCAGGCGGAGUCACUGUGGAUCGGAGCGCCGGUUAGUUAUAUAAAUUUGUAUAGUUAUACUGGUUAGAAGACAUUAGAACUGUUACCGAUCAGUAGAAGCGGCAACAGUGAUUAACCGAAGCGGCUCCAUCCUAUAUGUUCGGCUGAGAGAGGAGGAGAGAAAAACAAUAAUGGCCGCAGCUCCAGCCGCCAUGGAGACAGAGGAACAGUCGAAGCUGCGAUUUCAGAUGGAGCUGGAGUUUGUUCAGUGUCUGGCGAACCCAAACUACCUGAACUUCCUGGCACAGCGAGGGUACUUCAGAGACCGAACGUUUGUCAAUUACUUCAAAUAUCUGCUGUACUGGAAGGAGCCGGAAUAUGCCAAGUACCUGAAGUACCCCCAGUGCCUCCACAUGUUGGAGCUGCUGCAGUACGAGCAUUUCCGCAAGGAGUUGGUCAACGCACAGUGCGCCAAGUUCAUUGAUGAGCAGCAGCUACUGCACUGGCAACAUUAUUCAAGGAAACGGGUGAGGCUGCAGCAAGCAUUGGCUGAACAGCAACAGCAGAACAACACGUCCAGCAAAUGAGGGGACGGGUCUUCGGGAAGGGGGAUGGUGGUGGAUGUGAAGGAUUCCCCCCAGCAGAGCAAGGGGUCCCCAACCCGAGAAGAAAAAACAUGGAAGUUUCCUCCAGUGUCGUUGAGGAGGUUCUGGGUGGGAAAGGACAAUCCUCCCCCGGCAUUUCUGUUUCAUGACAAACAAGAUGGAAUUGUCAGUCUUCAGACCUCCUGUUCAGGCCUGGCCAGGAUGUUGUCAGUGCAGCAAUGGAGUAGUCACCUCUUGGACAGAAGAAACCAAAUUCAGCUGGAUUAAUACAGAAGUAAGAUACUGUGGAUGCCUAGAAAUCUGAAAUAAAAACAAAAAAUGCCGCAAAUACA